UCGUUUUUGUUUUUUUUUGGACUUUUCAAGAGCGAAUCUUGCAUCAUCUCCAUCAAUUAUGAAGGGAGGGAGAUAUGCAUUUUAUCACAUUACAUUCAUUGACUUUUGCUUUGGAUAGUAAUAGAUUUAAUAUUUUUCUUACUAAAAACACACCUUCUACGCCAAAAAAGUAAUCAUGCAGACGUGUGUGUCUAGGUUCACGCCCUCUAAAUAACUCAUUGUUUUGAUGUCUUCAAGAAUCUCGGAGGAGUAUAUUCCACUGGUGUUCUCAUCUAAGAAAUAUUUCUCAGCACUCAAGAAAUUCAGUUCUUUAUUCUCGUCGUUAAGAAAUUGAUUCAUCUAUACCAUUUAUCAUAUACAUUCUACUCCCUCUCAAAAGGAUGAACUCCAUAUAGGGGGAGGACCUUAGUUCUGUACGCCCGCUCCUUGGGUUUUGUACUCACUCCCCAAGGCUUCCAGAAACGCUUCAGCUCACACUGACAGUCAGUCUCACACAGAUCAUCACACGACACGUAUGUUGCAACCAAACAAGACUUGAAAAUUAAUCGAAUAUACCGGCCGCUUCGUUGACGAUCUGACAUCAGGGUUUCUUUUCGCCAAUGCUUUGCGAACGUGGUAUUUCUAUGAUACAGUCUCGGAUACGGUCUCGCAUACACUCUUCAUGAGGUCCGAAUCUGACAGGUUCAGCUGACAGAAUCGAUGUCAUGUGUCGUUGGCCGUCACUCGGUUUUCUCUCUUGCGAUACUUCGUUAUCGUUGGGUUUCCUAGCAGCGUCUCCUCCCCCACAACCAUUCCACCGUUUUUGUCGACAAGUUGCUCGUGGACGUCAUGUAUUGUAUAUCUUGUUUAUCCCAGGGCGAAUCAUGACUAGAGCCCAGCUAGGUGAAUUGACAUGGGGUUGAUAUGUCAAGAAUGAAGCUAGCCAAAGUGUUUCACGUACACAAUGUAAUAAUUCUCCGGCAAAUGGGGAACCCACGGACAUCCUCGAUACGGACAUCCUCAAUACGGACAACCUCAAUACGAACAAAAUUUGGAUGAAACGUUCUUGUCGCGUUGUCCCGUGUCUUAUACCGACAUAUGCAAACCUUAAUUUUACGAUCCCUUACUACCCUAGUGCUGUGUACUUCCGUGUCAAAGCAAUGAUAUCGACAAGGUGUUGAGGUUUCGACUUCUUAUCUUUAUCGCAUCUUCACACUCGUCUUCCCGUCAAAAGUGGGCGAUUAGAGGAACGAACUGCCACAAUAGGACAUCAGAUACAAGCCCGCCAGAACAGAUGUCAAAUCUCUGCUGAAGUAUAAAGGAUUCGUCUCUCUGGACGCAACAUUGAUCGGCAAUCUCAUUUCCAAGGGAUACGAGUGAGAGCACUUUCAAAAACUCUAUUUCUCGGAAAUUAUCGGUCUUAGAAUUCCACACGCGACAUUACUAUCUCAGAGAGCUUAAGUUGGUGACAGCUCUGAGAGGGUUGACUAUCGUGAAGCCUUGUGACAUCAUUUCUCAUACAAGAUCUGGCAUCUGUUGGACGAACACCGGAUUCCAAAACGAUACUAUGGAUAUCCCAAAGCUUGACGAUGUUUCGUCACCCAAUGUCACCAUCUACGAGCCAGAUCUUAUCCCCAACGCAAGAACGAGUCAAGAUAGUGGUGCAAAUCACGAUAUGCGACGUAAAUUCACUCUCUGGUCAAUACUGGGAGAAGGGUUCUCUCUCACAAAUUCAUGGUUUGGAAUUUCAAGUGCUUUAAUCACAGGCAUAGAUUCUGGCGGUCCUGCCCUGUUUGUGUAUGGAAUACCUCUUGUUGCAUUCGUGAGUGUUUUUGUAGGAUGCUCGUUAUCAGAAUUGGCAAGUGCGAUGCCAAAUGCUGCAGGACAGCAUUUUUGGGUUAUGGAAUUAGCUCCCAAGAGAUAUGCCAGGCCUUUGUCAUUUGUGACUGGAUACUGUGCAUGGGCUGGAUCCUUGUUUGCAUCAGCGAGUGUAUCAUUGGCGGUCGCAUCAGCAGCAGUUGGAUGCUGGCAAUUGAAUCACUCUGAUUUUAUCAUCCAUGAAGUGCAUAUUUUUGUUGCAUACCAAAUAGUCAAUCUAUUUACUUUUCUAUUCAAUUGCUACGGUAGAAUUUUACCUACACUUGGGACUAUUACUCUUUACAUGUCUUUGAUUUCCUUUGGAAUCAUUCUUCUUUUUGUGCCAUCACAAGCCCCAACGCAUCAAGACGUUAAAUUUGUCUUCGCAACCUUCAUUAACAAUACUGGCUGGUCAAACAAUGGUAUUGCUUUCAUUGUCGGUCUUGUAAACGCAAACUGGGCAUUUUCUUGUCUUGAUAGCGCUGUGCACCUAGCAGAAGAAGCUCAUCAACCAGAAGUAGUCAUUCCAAUCUCAAUCAUGGCUACGAUUGCGAUUGGAUUUACGACUGCGUGGUUCUUCGUUAUUGCGAUGUUCUUCAGUCUCAACAACUUUGAUGCUGUUGUCGGAACGUUUACAAAAGUACCGAUUCUGGAAUUGUUUUAUCAGUCAGUCGGAAAUCGAUACGCUGCAAUUUUCCUCGAGUCUCUUAUCAUGGCGACUGGAAUUGGUUGUCUUGUAGCAUGUCAUACGUUGCAAUCGCGGUUGUGCUGGACCUUUGCUCGAGAUGGAGGUGUUCCAUUCCACCGAUCUUUUGCCAAGAUUAAUGCUACUUUAGAUGUCCCGUUUCGAGCACACGUCAUGAGCGCAACAGUUGUUGCUAUACUUGGAUGUCUAUAUCUACUAUCAACAACUGCUUUCAAUAGCAUGGUCAUUGGUUGUAUUGUCCUCCCGUAUAUAUCUUACAGCAUUCCUCUUCUAUGCUUGCUUCAUAAGGGUCGCGAUAAAAUCUCACAUGGGCCCUUCUGGCUUGGUAAGUUUGGCUAUUUUGCCAACAUAGUGACAAUCGUUUGGACACUAUUUGCACUCAUUAUGUUCUCAUUUCCAAUAAAUCUUCCGGUGACUGCAUCCAAUAUGAAUUACAUCAGUGUCAUUUACUGUAUCUUUGCUUGCAUAAUUGGCAUUGAUUGGAUUUCUCGAGGUCGAUUACAAUAUCGAUAUAAACUCUACGAAGAGUUGCAAACGGACUACGAGAGUGGGGAGUCAUUGUUACACAAUCAUUCCUCAUGAAAAUUGAUAGAUUGCAAACAUCAAUGCCCCAAGAGCCUUGAGAUUUGGA